AUGAAGGUCAUCGGGGUUCUCGUGGUCUUCACCUCCUGCUCCCCCGCCCACAGCAGCUUCUGGCAGUUUCAAAGGAUGGUCAAGCACAUCACAGGGCGGAGUGCCUUCUUCUCAUACUAUGGAUAUGGCUGCUACUGUGGGCUCGGGGGCAAAGGGACCCCUGUGGAUGACACUGACAGGUGCUGCCUGGCCCACGACUGCUGCUACGAGAAGCUGAAGCAGCUGGGCUGCCAGCCCUUGCUGAGCAGCUACCAGUUCCGCAUCUUCAAUGGCACCGUGGUCUGUGAAUGUGCCCUUGGUCCCAGUGUAGGCUGCCUCUGUGGGCUGAGGGCCUGCGAGUGUGACAAGCGAUCUUCAUACUGCUUCAAAGAGAACCUGCCCACCUACGAGAAAAACUUCAAGCAGUUCUUCCUGAGCCGGCCCCGGUGUGGCAGGCGUAAAGUCCAGUGCUAG